CACCGAUCAAUGGAAAGAGCCAAAGAUGUUGACUCGGUCAUGUGAUCAGCUGUGUCCAAUCACAGCUGAUCACAUACAUCUACACUGAUCAUCAGGGCACUGAUGAUCAGUGUCCAUGAUGAUCACUGUAGCCCCAGCAGUGCCACCUGUCAGUGCCCAUCAGUGCCUCAUCAAUGCCACAUAUCAGUGCCUACCAGUGCACAUCAAUGCCACAUAUCAGUGCCCAUCUGAGCUGCCUUUUAGUGUCACCUAUCAGUGCCAGUCAAUGCCACCUAUCAAUGCCAGUCAGUGCCGCCUAUCAGUGCCAUAUAUGAGUGCUGCC